AUGGAUGCAGCGGAUGCAGCGGAUGCAGCGGAGGCAUCGCUGAAUGCUUGGCACCAACUGCGACGAUAUCAUGGUGUGGCCUCAGGUGCAAUUGGGGCAGACGAGCACCUCGCCGGGCGCGCGCCGCAUCGUGGUACCGAGCUGUGUGUUGUCGUGGAGUCCAUGCGGAGCCUGGAAGAAGCUUACGCCGCGAUGCCGAACAGGCCGGAGCUGGCCGACAGCUUGGAGGUCUUGGCAUUCAACAGUUUGCCUGCAGCAGUGAGCGACGACCACUGGACGCAUCAGUAUCUCACCCAGUCCAAUGCGGCCUUCGCUGGCAUUGAAUCUGUACAAGAGACAGAUGACAACGACGGACCUCGCCUUUCGAAGGUGUUUGGCAAUGUCGGUGUGGAUGCCACGCUAUAUGGCCUUUCACCGAACUUUCCGUGCUGCACCGUGAACUUCGCCCAGGGCUGGGCAAAAUUUGUUGCCUCGGGCCUUUGGCUUUUCGAAGACGGUGGCCGUCAGCUUGGCCUGCACGAAACGCCGCUGCUUCUCUCUGCCGCCUUCGCCCCGUCGUCGAUCUCCGUGCCGGAGCCAGUUGGUGGCGAGGUGGAGCUGUCUACUGCGUAUCCCUUCGAUCCAGAGGGUCCGCUGCGCUACACUGCGAGAGGCAUCCGCCCUCCGCUGCAGCUCCUCGUUCGUGUGCCGCAGUGGGCGGACCUCGAGCGCUCAGAGGCUGCCGGUGCUCGUGGCACCUUUCUUCUCAAGGAUGUCGCGACUGAGCGUCCAUCCACACUUGGUCUCCUCAUCGAGGAGCCGAAUGCCGAGUGGGAGGUCCGCUUUGUUCCGAAGCCGUUGCUGAGAGAAGGAGUCGCCGGAGCCAGCAUCCAGUUCGGACCGCUGAUGUUUGUCCAGCCCAUUUCGCACCGCGCGGUGCCUUUGCCUUUGGACGAUGGGCCAUAUGGUCCCGGUGCCCAUCCUCCUCCUGCAGUUCGCGAUGAAAUGUUGGUUCCUUUGCAGGAGCCGGAGGUUUGGAGUCUCCUCCUGAACGAAACUUGGGAGAAGGACCUCACCAUCUCGGCUCCCGAGGGCUCGCUGAAGGGCUUCCAGCUGGACGGUUGCCCAACGUUGGCGCUGUCUGGGCACAGGCUUGAGGCUUUCGGAUGCACGAAGCUUCGUUUUGCCGAGCUCCCCAUCUUCGUGGAAACAGAUGGAGUCGUGCAGCAGGUCCGAGUGAUGCUCCUUUCCCGUGUGGCGACCGCCGUCAAGCUUCCACGGCUCUGCUAUGACGCGCCGAACAGCUGGCCUUCGGAGCUCUUGAAUUCUUUCCUUCCGUUGGGAAAGCCAGGCCAGCCCAGUCCAGAAGCUUUGCGCUUUCUUGACGAAGCUCCUCGGGCCACGCUGACACAGACUCUGCUGCAUCGGAGCCUGUGCUGCUUUCCCUUGGAUGACUUCGACGUCAAUGCGUGGUUUGACCUUUACCCGUUGCACCUCUUCAGCCGCAGUCAGCUCACUUCGCUCCUUGCUGCCGCCAGCUUGACCCUUCCGAUUCAGCGAGGUCUGGAUAUUGGUGCUGGCGCUGGCGGCGUGUCGGAGCCCCUUCGCGAAGUUUGCAGGUCCUUGAUCGCAGUGGAAACGUCCAGGGCCAUGGCUCGGACCUUAAGGAACCGCGGCCGCGAGACAUGGUGUGAGGAUCUGGCAGUCACAGCAGCCGCACGGCAAGCCGAGGGGGAGGAGUUUCAGCUGGUGGCUUUGCUCAAUGUCCUUGACCGCUGUGCAAAGCCGAGGAGCCUCUUGGCAGCUGCACGGCUGCUUAUGCCUCGAGGCUCGUGGCUUUUGCUUGCCACGCCACUGCCAUUCCAUGGCGCCUUCUACGGUUGGAGGACAGCCUGGACGGGAUGGCAAGUGGAGACUCUGGCUCUCGGUGCAGAGGCAUCCUGGGCAGGUCAAGCGCAGCAUCUGAUCCAGGAGGUGCUGCCGCAAGAAGGCUUUGAGCCUGUUGUUCUUUCACGGCUUCCAUACCUUUGUGCUGGAGAUGCCUUCGUAGCCUUCUCCGAGCUGGAUGACCUGAUUGUUCUGGCCAGGAAAAUGUAA